CUUCCAAAUCGUCAAAGUGAUUCCAUCAACCGCAUCAACAGCAUCAACCCUCCUCGCAACAAUGCCUUCCAACCCAUUGAACAGCAUGUAUCGGGCCAUCCGGUCGAAGUCUCCCAAGAGUGGCAAUGGCUCCGAAGACUCCAAGUAUUCCAAGAACAACGCGGACUCGAAACAAUCCAAAGAGAACGCGGCCUCAAAAGAACAUGCGCAGGACGAUUCUGCUUCGGUACUCAGCGAUGCCACUACCCUAGCUCCUCGAAAGGACGAACAGCCGUCGAACAAAGGCAGCAGUCAAGACCGAGAAGAAAUCGAUUUCAAUUCCGUACGAUACAUGAUGCGAGGAAUGGCGACCCGUCAUUAAUACCGCAGUUUCCUCGAUGCGCACCUUUAUCUGCACGUUAUAGCGCUUUUCAUGAGAGAUGACCGAUCAAAAUGUAUGGUUAUGGUUUGGGAUGAGUGGACUUAUGGGUUUGUUUUUGGGGGACAGAAGGGGACGUGGUUUGGAGUCUUUUGUUUGGGAUGCUCUCACAAUGCAUAAUAUGCCACCAAACGCGCGGCACAACGCAUAGUCACUGCUCCGAAAACAAAAUGUGUGAGCGUUUAAGGAACUCAGCCUAGCGACAUCAUCCUUUGAAGUGUUCUGAGUAUGAUAAUCUUUGUAUAGUUCGCAUAUGAGAGUGGACAAUCAUUCAAGGGACAUUCUACUACCCAUGGAGCCUUUUGUUAGCGGUCAGUGAAACGUGGGCGCCUACAGAUUGCCAUGUCGGCUGCUGAUGACGACUGCCUGCGGUUCUCGAACGAGCUGUAGCCCGGGUGUCGGGCCGUCGCAAGGGGACGAGGUUGUUAGACGUUUUGUGU